ACUCCAUCCUCAUCUCUUUUACCCCAAACCACGGUCCACCAGCCAAGGGGGAAAAAAAGACGAAAAAAAAAAGAAGAAAAAAAAAAAGCCCCAGCCGUCAACAUGACCAAGUUCAGCACCAUCGCGGCCGGCGCCCUCUGGGGCCUCCUGACGGCAUCAACGGCCUCAGCCCACUACGUCUACAGCAUCCUGAUCGUCGACGGCCAGCAGACGCCCGACUGGCAGUACAUCCGGCAAAACAGCAACAACAUCCAGCCGCACAAGGAAUUCCUGGUCGGGCCGUCCAACGACUUCCGGUGCAACGCCGGGUCGCAGAACAGCGCGCACAACACCGAAGUGGCGACCAUCGGGCCCGGCACGCGGCUCGGCUUCAAGCUAUGGAAUAACGGCCAAAUCCUGCACCCGGGCCCCAUGACCAUCCACAUGUCGCGCGCGCCCGGCGACGUGCGCGACUACGACGGCAGCGGCGACUGGUUCAAGGUGUACGAGGACAUUAUCUGCGGCCCGCAGUACCCGCUCCGCGAUACCGACUGGUGCAGCUGGGACCAGGCCGUCGUCGAGUUCACGGUGCCCCAUAGCACCCCGCCCGGCCAGUACCUCGUCCGGGUCGAGCAUAUCGCCCUGCACGGCGCCGAGAGCGGCGAUACCGAGUUCUACUUUACUUGCGCGCAGGUCGAGGUUACGGGUAAUGGGAACGGGAACCCGGGCCCGCUGGUGCAGAUCCCUGGCCUUUAUGAUCCUAAUGACCCUGCCCUUCGCUUCUUCAUCUAUGGCGCCCAGGCGUACCCUUAUAACCAGGUCGGUGCCCACACCGUCUGGUCGGGCUAGGGGUGGAAGGGAUGAGACGAACGUUUUGGUUUCUGUCUCUUUAUUCCCGUCCUCGGUCCUCCUAGAGAAGCUCGGAUGAUCGG